AUGACCGCUUCCGCCGAGUUCUCUCGUCUGUCCUUCGGGGCCGGCAAUACCCUCGACCUGAGCUUCAAUCUUCCCGCUCCCGUCCUCCUCCCGCCUUCCACCCUAGACCAGUCCACGUUUGUGCCCGGAAGUAAGGAUGCCGAUCGAUCCUGGGAAGACUCGAGCGACUCAGAUGCGUCCGACGACUUGCCCGAUGCCGGACGGGAACCUACAGAACACACAGGGGAGAUACGGGCCGUCCCGGUGACUAUUGUCAGACCACCAAGAGAGGGAAAAGCGGAGGAAGCGAAUCACUUGAGUCAUCAGAACAUCAGAGUGGGCAAGGACAACAAUGAAGACCACGACGAAGGCCCCAGUGAAGACGCCGCCGCUCAACAGGCCGCUGGAAGCGAUGCUGAGAAGACACCCACCACUUCCGAACCGCCGCGCAUUCCACCUCCGCGAGAUCCACGCCGUGCCGUCAAUCAGGUCCCGACCGCCCAUUCGAAUGUCCCUCUCCACCCCAUCCCCUCAAUGCAAGGCGCCUUUGCCGAGUCUCUGCUCGAGGUCACAGAUGGAAAACCCGCCUCCAAGCCCAAAGUUCGUUUCGGCGAUGCCAAAGCCCGCCGCGAAGAGCUCAUCAGCCAGGAACGCGAUGAAGAGCUUUACAGCGCCAACUGGCGGUACCGCCCCGGCCAGCAACAGCAUGAGCUCCACAAGCUGAUGGCCCAGAUCUCUUUCGGAGUAUAUCUGCUUCUCAACGGCAUGGCCAACAGCACGGCCCAGGUCGUCAAUAUAUUGCAGGGCCACAUCGACGAGGUGGACGAGUUCCUCGAGGUCGCCAUGGAGGACUUGCAGGAAGCUAGCACCGACCUACAGGAACGCAUCGACUAUCUGCGCCUGCCCAUGGAAAACAUCGACGUAUUCGAGAAGCUGCUCGAGGACCGGAAUUUCCGCCUUCAGAUCGUCGAGGGCAACGAGAAGAUUGAGCACAUCAUCGCCCGCACCAAUAUCCUGCUCGGGCAGUACGAUAAAGAUGUCCAGCAGGGUCUCACUUCGGCUCGGGACUUCGCCCUCUACCUGGCGCAACAGAAGGACGGGACCUGGCGCCGCGACCGCCCGGAUGUGCUCGACAUCUACGAGGCCAUGAAGGGCAACACGGAGGGCUGGUUCAAUGCAUUUGCGGAUAUGGAGGCCCGGGGCAAGGAAGUAAACACUCUUGUGAUGAGACUCACGCAAAUAGUGGCCGAGAUUAGCAGCAAGGCCGGCGAGGUCAGCCGCAGAACAUGGACCAAUAUUCCUCCCUUUACCAUACCGUUACAAGAGAUAUCGACCGAAGCCGAGUGUGGCUCAAACUCGAGGGUAUCAUCCUCUCGUGCCUCAUCAGCAAGCGGGGAUCGGUCGACGAUCCGGGCGGAUAGCCCACAUGGCUUCGCGUCAGCCCCUAGCAUCACCCAGCCCAACCCUGAAUCGACACAUUAUGACGUUCCGUUGAACAAGGCCGAGUCUCCGAUGUUAUCCUUCCCCAAACCGCCAACUCAUCUAUCGCCGAGGCUCACUCGCAACCCCAGCCAAAGCUCAUUUUCCGAGUCGAUCGCCAACUCGGACGCCUAUGCUGGCUCUGAUGCGGUGGUGGAGGAUUCGCCCCUUUUCAUCCUGCAACCACGCACCUACACGCCACAGCCCCCGGAGCCCUUGCCCUCUCCCAUGGUGAGGGACAGGGAGAGGGAGAGGCCGACCCUUAUGGCGAGUAGAUCUGAACAGAACCUGGCCAAGAAAACGUCUCUCCGUCAACGCGUCUCGCUCAAGACAACGCCGCCAGAAUCCAUACAGAUUCCCCAGCCGCAUCCUGCGGAAUUUGAGCGUCCGACAUACGCGUCUCGGCAAUCCCCCGACUCGGCCUACGGGUCUGAUGACCAACGUCCACGCUACAGCGCCUUGGCGGACAUGUCCCCCCCUAUCCGGCCACCCGUCAUGGCCUCCCCGCGAUCAGAUCAACAACAAUUUUACCGGCCUGUCCAGGCGAGCCCUCAUUCGCCACUCCAACAGCGUCCUCUCACGGCCGGGGCAGCGCCUCGACCUCUCCAGUCACAGACUCCGCCACCGAUGUACCGGCCGGGCCAUCAGCGCAAUGCGCCGUCGAGGAUGGGCGGUGCAAGCAUGCUCAGUACUGUCACGACAAUGACCUAUGACUCGCAAACCGUCAACGGCGACAAGAAACUCAAGAAGAAGCGCAGCGCGUUGGGGUGGCUGAAGAAGGCCUUCUCCCUCGAUGAGGAGGAGCGCAUGAUAUACGAGGCACGAAAACAGCAGCAGGCACCCGAUCCGUAUUACGAGGGCCGCAGCCCUAAAUACAUCGACGGCAAACGAGUGCGAUGA